AUGCAUAUUUUGUUAGUAUGUGCACUGCUGCUUGUAUUGAAAGCAAUAAAUGGCAAAUCACUGUAUGGAAAAACAUUCCAGUACCAUUCCCUGCACUUCUAUCUGACGGAUGCCAUUCACAUCCUUAAACUAAGUCAAACAACAUGUAGGACCACCUACCGCAGAACUGCCAUGUCUUUUAAUAGUGUUGUUGACAAAGAGAUCCGUUUUGGUUCUUUCACCUCAAGCUAUCAACUCAAAACCUUAUACACUUUCGGUAACGUUUCCUGCUUUGAGAUCAAAACAUGUUUCGGGGGUAACCUGACAUAUUACUCUGCCUAUGUAAAUGAGAGUGAGGUUUUAAUUCCGCCCUAUGAGGUAUUCAAAGUCACUGAAGUCCAGAAGAACCAGUGGUGUGAGGUUGUCUACAAGGUAGAGAGCACUAGAUCUCAGAGCAACCUGAAUUGUAGAUUGCUAAAUGGAGUGCAAUCAAACCAGAGGUAG